CACAAACUUGAGCUUCUUCUCCACAGACACGCCACUUUAGCCUCUGCUCUUUUUUCUUUUUUCUUAUUUUUCUAUUAUCUUUUGCUUGCAAGAUGUGUCAUCUCUAUAUUCCUUCCUAUCCCUUUUCUCUUCUCUUUUAUUGACAUAUCUCUCAUAUCACCUUCUGCAUACACCUUCCAAAAUGUGAAAGAACUGAAGGACAAAUUACACGCAAGUACUCCUUUCAAAAUUCACCUAAUCUUUCUAUCCAUAUCAAGUUUAUAUUUCUUUCAUAUUAUUUCACCUUUUUCAAUUCAAGUUGCCCGUAAUCCAAAGGGAAUCGAAACAGAAUAACCUGACAGAGCUCAUCUUCUCAUCAGCCAUCGAAACUUCUCCCUAUGAGAAUCAUUCUGAUUUCCUGGCUGAUUCUUCAAUUCUUUACCAACUCUGAAUGUUUAAGCAGAGCUGAUUUUCCAGAUGGUUUCAUAUUUGGAACUGCAGCAUCGGCAUACCAGGUAAGGAGGAAUUUGUAGAUACUUUCGUCCUUCAUUUGGUUUCUAACAAUAUGAAAAGAUAGAGAGCAAAAUUAAUGGCAGUUCGAAGGGGCUGUAGAUGAAGGAAAUCGAGGUCCUAGCAUAUGGGAUACAUUUGUGAAAGAACCAGGGAGAAUACUAGACUUCAGCAAUGCAGACAGGACUGUUGACCAAUACCACAGAUUUAAGGUGAAGAAAGAGAGAGAGAAAUAAGUAUCUUGAGAUAUCAACAUAGGCAACAGAAGGGCCAAGACAAUGACAACAUAUGCAGGAUAAGAGUGCCUAAUGUUUUACUGACGAUAUAAAGCUGAUGAAGGAUAUGGGAAUGGAUGCCUACAGAUUCUCAAUCUCAUGGCCAAGAAUAUUUCCAAAUGGGACAGGAAAGCCCAACGCAGAUGCCAUAAACUAUUACAACAAUUUUAUAGAUGCUUUGCUAGAAAAAGGAAUCCAACCUUUUGUAACUCUUUACCAUUGGGAUCUUCCGCAAGUGCUUGAAGACGAGUACGAAGGAUGGCUGAGUAGAAGGAUAGUAAAAGAUUUUGAACAUUAUGCUGUUACAUGCUUCCAAGCAUUUGGUGAUAGAGUGAAGCACUGGAUCACCUUCAAUGAACCACAUGGUUACUCAAUAAAAAGCUAUGACCUAGGAAUUCAAGCUCCCGGUAGAUGUUCUUUUUUGGGUCAUAUAUUGUGCAAGAAGGGAAAUUCAUCCUCUGAACCAUAUAUAGUGGCACAUAAUAUUCUCUUAUCUCAUGCUGCUGCUUAUCGCAAUUACCAAAAUCAUUUCAAGAAAAGACAAGGAGGUCGGAUAGGAAUAGCAUUGGAUGCCAUAUGGUAUGAACCAUUAUCUGAAAAUGACGAGAACAAAGAAGCAGCACUCAGAGCCCUUGAUUUUGAAAUCGGAUGGUUUCUGGAUCCACUUUUCUUUGGUAAGUAUCCUCCUUCAAUGAGAAGGCUUGUGGGACCAAGACUGCCAAAAAUAUCACUUGCUACUGCAAAGUUCCUCAUAGGAACCCUGGAUUUCGUUGGCAUGAACCACUACACCUCCUUAUAUGCUCGAAAUGAUAGGAUCGGGAUUCGGAAACUAAUAUUCAAUGAUGCUUCAUCAGAUUCUAAUGUCAUUACUACUCCACGUAAAGGCAUCUCUACCAUCGGAGAACGAGCAGCUUCCCACUGGUUACAUAUUGUUCCAUGGGGAAUCCGAAAAUUGGCAGUUUAUUUGAAAUAUAAAUAUGGGAACCCACCAGUGUUUAUAACAGAAAACGGAAUGGAUGAUCCAAACAAACGGUCCAUACCUUUAGAAAAGGCACUAAAGGAUGAUAAGAGAAUAAGAUACCACAGAGAUUACCUAUCAAAUCUAUCCAUUGCUAUUGGGCAAGAAGACUGCAAUGUGCAAGGCUACUUUGCGUGGUCGCUACUGGAUAAUUGGGAGUGGAACAUGGGAUAUACCGUCCGAUUUGGACUCUACUAUGUGGACUACAAGAACAAUCUUACGAGGAUUCCAAAGGCAUCCGUUCAGUGGUUUCAGAGCAUGCUCAAAUCAGAAGACAAACACAUGAAUCAAACUAUACAUUCCUCAUACUCUUAUAAUAUAUUGCAUUCUCAUAUCGAGUAUAGCAAUGUAAAUCUUAUAUAAAAACUGAAGUUGAAUGAAUGAUACGAAAAUGACGAAAAAAGAAGAAGAAAUUUGUUAAAGACGUGGUUAAUAAACUUACUGGACACGCCAUUUCCUACAA